CUCCACACUGACACCAAGUCCAUGCCAAGAUGUUUUUGUAUUAAGAUAUUGCACACAAAUCACUCCAGAUCUUCUCUAAUGCCGUCAAUCCUUAUCCCCGUUCCUGAUCCUCUACCUUUUUCCAUUCACACGAAUAAUUAUAUAGAUCUUGAAUAAACAUCUCCUCUCCUGUGCAUGAGCUCAGAGCCUUCCAUCCAAUAAUUACUGCAGUGAUGAACACACCGAUCAGCCAGAACAUUAUGAUCGGUGAAGUGAAGAACACUGAUCAUCUCUUCAUCCUGGCUUUCUGUCUGGAUCUCAAAAUUGCAGCUCUUGUGAGAUGUUCCUGAUCUGCAGUGGACAGUAUCUAUCAAAUGUGCUCCAAGUAAGGAACAGUAGAGAACCAACGACAGGGUCGUGGGCCGAGGAUCAUUGAUGCACGUGAGGAGUGAAGGCUGGUCCGUGUGGUUCCGAUCCAACAGAGGAGCUCCUGUAGAUCAAACUGCUGAAGAAGGUUAUGCUGUUAGUCUGCAACUCCAACACAAUAUUACUCAGAACAGGAGGUAUAGUCCCGCCCGUCGCCCAGCGUCUCCACGAAGAGAACAUCGGCCGAGUCGUGCAGGAGGCACUGGACAGGAGCGGCGUCACGCCAAGAGAACUUGAUGCCGUGGCCACGACGGUCAAACCGGGUCUGGCUCUGAGCCUCGGUGUGGGCUUGCGCUUCAGCCUGAGCUUCGUAAGACAACACGAGAAACCUUUCAUCCCUAUCCAUCACAUGGAGGCCCACGCUCUGACCAUCAGGAUGCUCCAGAACGUCGAGUUCCCAUUCCUGGUGCUGCUCGUGUCUGGAGGUCAUUCUCUUCUGGCACUGGCGAGAGGCGUCGACGAUUUCUUACUGUUAGGACGAACGCUGGAUGAGGCUCCAGGAGACACUCUGGACAAGGUGGCGAGACGUCUGUCUCUCGUCAAGCACCCGAGGUGUCGUGGUUUAAGCGGUGGACAAGCCAUCGAGCUGCUGGCGAAAGAAGGAGACCGGCUGCAGUUCCGGUUUAAACCGCCGAUGGGGCAGAACUACGACUGCAACUUCUCCUUCGCCGGCGUUCGCAACCAAGUGACCAUGGCGAUCCACAAGAAAGAAAAGCAGGAGGGUGUUGAGCCGGGUCAGUUAUUAUCCUGUGUGCAGGACAUCGCUGCAGCGGCGCAGCACACCGUCGCAUCGCACAUUGCCAAGCGCACCCACAGGGCCAUUUUAUUCUGCAAAACCCGAGACCUUUUACCACAGAACAACCCGAAUCUGGUCGUAUCUGGAGGAGUAGCAAGCAACGAAUACAUACGAGAGACGCUGAGGAUCGUCACUGACGCCACGGGAUUGCGGUUGCUCUGUCCUCCGGCUGAAUUCUGUACAGAUAACGGCGUGAUGAUCGCAUGGAACGGUGUGGAGAGACUGAGGGAGGGUAAAGGGAUCGUGUCCCACACUCAGGAGGUCACCUAUGAGCCAAAAGCUCCACUGGGCAGAGAUAUCUCUACAGACGUCAGAGAUGCUUCCAUCAAGCUUCCGGUGUUAAAACUUAAGAUAAAUUGAUAAAUAUCGUAUUGAAUAAUGUAAUGAAAGGGUUUGAAAAUAAUAAAAUGGAUACAUGUGCUGAAA